AUGUCUACUGCAGUCUAUUAUUCCAACCAUAAUACCGUUGAAGACAUUCACUCCAAACAUACCCUUCCUUCCUUAUCUCAAAUAAUGCCAAUGGGCCAACAGCAACAACAGACCCAAUACUCACACGAUGCUACCUUAGCUGCUGCCCAAGCAGUUGCUGCUUCUCCACACCAGACAGGUUCUACUGGCCAGCUCUCGCCAACGUUGGUCAACUCCAACUUGGUGCCUAUGAGUAACUUGCCCAUGUUUGACCAGAAGAUGGUUUACCAAACCACCCAACAGCAUCAUCACCAGUCCUCUCCAGAUGUGUUCUCACAGUCUUCGCAACCAUCAACUGCCCACACCACCCCAGCAUCUUCCUUCAGUGCUGGUCUGUCUGGCUACCACGCUGGUAUAAUAGGAAAUCCUGGACACCAAGUUUCAGGUGCAUCGUCUGGAUCCGUGUCAUCUGCCUCCUCCGAGAAGUGCGUCUGCAAGUCAAACGCAAACAGAAUUCCUAGACCAAGAAAUGCGUUCAUUCUUUUCAGACAAAAAUAUCACCAGUCGGUGUUGGACGAGGGCAGUGUCAUCAGAACCAACCCGGAAGUGAGCCGUGAGUUGGGAAGAAGAUGGAGAGCUCUCUCUGGUGACGAAAAGGACUACUGGAACAACUUGGCCGAGGAGGAAAAGAAGAACCACGCUAAGAAGUAUCCUGGCUACAGAUACACUCCAAGAAGAAACGGAAAGAACAAAAACUGUAUUCCUUGUCGCCAAAAGGCCAUGAGACAGCAGCAAGUUCAAGUGCACAACCAACAAAUGAUCCAAUUACAACAGGAACAAUAUCAGCAAUAUUUGCAAUUACAGCAACAGGCCCAGCCUCAGGCUCAACCACAGGCCCAGCAGCAGAUGGCACAACCACAGGCCAAUGCUGUGCCCCAGCAGUUCAACAACGGCAACUUUGUCAGUGCCAACCCUCACAACCAACAAUUCAUCAUUGCAUCUAACUACCAACAAGGAGCUGGCCAAGUACCACAGCCACCUCCAGGAGCACCAACGUUUCAAUUCUCGUUCAACAACGAAUUCACUGGGCAAACCAACAACGCCAACAACAACCAGGACAAGUUAUCACCCUUGUUCAGUGUCCCAUACCACUCGCAAAUGCAACAAAUGCAACAACCUGCUGGCUCAGGUGCGUCCCACUCCCACAACAAUACCCCACCCAAUCACCAGGCCCACACCAGUGAAUUCAUGAUGAACGGGGGUUCAAAUGGUAACCCUCAGUUUGUGAUCGCAUAUGAUCAGCAGGCUAAUUCGGGGGCCGUGCCUCAUCAACAGCGUUUCAACUCGUUGCCAACACCAGUCAAUGGGGCUAACGGGUAUACUUUUGAUGGGUUCAGCCAACAAUGA